GCUGUAUUCCUUAUUUCCCGGGUCGACGAUGAUCCCCAAGGCAGAGACAAUUAUGAGUGGUCUCAGGAAGAACAAGGACCUAGAGGAGAUGCUGUACUGCUGUCCAGACCAGCUGGAUGCGCGGCAAGAUGUGUCCGCUAAGGCUGGAAAACACCGUAAGACUCUUCGUUUGUGGGUGCUCCCUCGUGUCCGCUUCUAAACAAGAUUUGGACGACCAUCUAUCUUACUUCGUCCCUCAUGGUUGAU